UUUAAUUGCGAAGUAAAGAAUCAAAUUAAAUACCUAAGAAAAGUAGUAGGGCGAAUUUAAUUUUACUCUGAAAAGUAGCUCGGAAGACAACAUUCGUCGGUAGGGUUGACCAAGUUUAUAUGCAAGCCAGCCUAGACAUGAAUGGUUACCAUUAUGGGAAAAAACGGUAGAACUACUGCAAAUCUUACACCCCAAUAAAUAUACUUUAUUGUAGUAAAAAAACAGUUCUACACACUGUUUUUUCAGGACUAUAUUUAGAAGGGAACUCAUUUUUAAGCAUAUAUUUUUGCCGACAAAUUUUACAUGUUACUACAUUUUAUUACAAAAUCAAGUAUAAAGUAUGAAGGCCAAUAUUCAACGUGGACUUAUGUAUAAAUCACAAACUAAUGAUCUGCAUUAUUGUGAAAAGCAAAAAGAGUGAUAUCCUACCAGGUUACCAAAUGCAACCAGAGUCCACGUUGGACUUUUGAAGCUCAUUAUUGUUCCACUUGUUAUCCUUUAAUGCUUUCCCCUACUCCCCCAACGGUUCAGAACACGCAAUCUUUAAUACACACUGAUAUUUGAUGAGGCCUAUAAAGCACAUUGAACAAUAUCUCUACAAGAUAUCAAGAGUAGCAAAUUGACAGUUUAUCCAAAGAAAAAAAGAGCAGCAAAGUGUAAGAAAAAGUGUGAAGGAGUUUUUCAAUUCAAUUGAGCAUUAAUGGGAUUCCAAGGGAAAUGGCUUUCUGUGAGUGUUCUACUUCUUUGCAUUGUUUUUGAUCUUAGUAUUCUUACUCUUGGUGAUCACAAGCUUGACCAAGAAAGGUAUGGAGAUGAUUGUCGAUUUGGACGUGGACCUCGUUGUAGAGGUUGGGGUGGUCGUCGCGGUUGGGGUGGUCGUCCCGGCCAUGGUGAUUUUGGAGGUGGAGGUGGAAGAGGAGGGGGCUUUGGUGGUGGUGGAGGUCUUGGUGGUGGCGGUGGUGCAGGAGGAGGUCUAGGUGGUGGUGGAGGACUUGGAGGUGGUAGUGGUGGUGGAGGAGGUAAUGGAGGUGGUGGAGGUCUUGGUGGUGGUGGUGCAGGAGGAGGUCUUGGUGGUGGUGGAGGACUUGGAGGUGGUGGUGGAGGAGGUAGUGGUGGUGGAGGUGGAUUAGGUGGUGGGUCUGGACAAGGUGGAGGAUUUGGCGCUGGUGGAGGUGUAGGUGGUGGAACUGGAGGAGGUAUUGGAGGUGGUGGAGGAGGAGGAAGUGGUGGUGGGGGUGGAUUAGGCGGUGGAUCAGGUCAUGGUGGAGGUUUUGGUGCUGGUGGAGGUGUAGGUGGUGGAGCUGGAGGAGGACUUGGAGGUGGUGGAGGAGGAGGCAGUGGUGGUGGAGGUGGAUUAGGUGGUGGCUCGGGGCAUGGAGGAGGAUUUGGAGCCGGUGGAGGUGUAGGUGGUGGGGCUGGAGGAGGUCUUGGCGGUGGAGGAGGAGGAGGUAGUGGUGGUGGAAGUGGAUUAGGUGGUGGUUCAGGACAAGGUGGAGGAUUUGGCGCUGGUGGAGGUAUCGGUGGAGGAACUGGAGGAGGCAUUGGUGGUGGAGGAGGAGGAGGUAGUGGUGGUGGAGGUGGAAUUGGUGGUGGCUCAGGACAUGGUAGUGGAUUUGGAGCUGGAGCUGGUGUUGGCGGAGGUUCUGGAGGCAUAGCUGGUGGCGGUGGGGGAGGAGGAGGUGGAGGAGGAGGAACAGAUGGAGGUUCAGGACAUGGGGAAGGCUUUGGUGCAGGUGGUGGGGUAGGAAGUGGAGGUGGCGCAGGUUUAGGUGGUGGUGUUGGUGGAGGUCAUGGUGGUGGUGGAGGAGUUGGUAUAGGAAUUGGUAUUGGAAUUGGGGUUGGUAUAGGUUCUGGAGCUGGCCAAGGAUCUGGUACGGGAACAGGUUCUGGUAUUGGCGGCGGAAGUGGGGCUAAACAUUAA